CAGAUCAAGAAACCCGUCCAGUUUCCCGUCCUUUUGAUUGACCUGUGUGUGUUGAGUUGGUGUAGGUCUCAGGAUUUCAUCAUGCAGAUCUUCGUUAAAACACUGACUGGGAAGACAAUAACCCUAGAGGUUGAACCAUCAGAUACUAUUGAAAAUGUCAAAGCAAAGAUCCAAGACAAAGAAGGUAUCCCCCCUGAUCAACAGAGAUUAAUCUUUGCUGGUAAACAGUUAGAAGAUGGUCGCACACUGUCAGAUUACAAUAUCCAGAAAGAGUCUACACUUCAUCUUGUGUUACGUCUACGUGGUGGUAUCAUUGAACCCAGUUUACGUAUGUUGGCACAAAAAUACAACUGUGAGAAGAUGAUCUGUAGAAAGUGUUAUGCACGUCUACAUCCCCGUGCCACCAAUUGUCGCAAGAAGAAAUGUGGCCACACAAACAACCUGCGUCCCAAAAAGAAGCUUAAAUAAACAUUUACUUUGCUUCUUUGUGAGUUGAAAUUAAAUGUAAUAAAGAAUUAAUAUUUGGUUGAA